AUGAGAAAGCGACAUGCAACAAUUUAUGAUGCAGUAUCAGACAAAAUAUUUCCUCCUCAUAAAUAUACUCAACCAUCAAGCACUUCAGAAUUGCCUCGUCUCAGAAAACAACGACCCCGAGGCCCUGAUGAAUAUCUUAAAGUAACAUCAACAGAUUGGACUAAACAACUCCCAAAUUCUGAACUUCUCCAAGCAUUGAAUAAUUAUGUUGCGAAUUUUAGUAUGAAAUAUCCUUUCCCUUCUCUUUUUGAAAGUUUAGAUGAAACUGCAUUACUCGCAUUAGGUAUUUUAGUAGAAGAAACAGUAGCUACACUUCUUGGAAAUGGAGAAAAAAUGUUUGUUGAACAAACUGAAAAUGUAUCAAACAAUCAAACUGCUUAA